AUGAACCAUCAGAGGAAAUACAAUUCGGUAAACCUUAGACCCUUUGAUGAUGUUGUCAUAUUGAUUGAUGUUCUUGAGUGCAUACAUGAUCACUUUCCUAGGUUAAUUUCUCAAUCCAUGCUUGAUUUUAUGAAAUUUGGAAUUUACGUUUUUGGUACUUUGUUGGUUCGAUCUGAUUUUUGGGUUUGGUUUUUGGUUCUUUUAAUGUUGGAUUCUUCUUCUAGUGGUACUAAGGGUGGUAGACGAAAGAGCUAUGGUGGCGUUCUUCAUGUUUAUAUAAACAUGAAGAACAAGGUUGAAUGUGGUGGUUCUAAGGGUGUCACUCCCCUUGUUAAGUUUCCUGGCUUUAGGACAGUAUUUCGAAGGCAGCAGGACCAGAAUGAGGUUAAGAGGAUUCCUAAAGAGGAGAUGUUCCGAUUCUCUCAUCAGGUUCCUAAUCACUUGCUUAGUGGUCAAGAAGCUCAUAAUGCUCCAAUAGGCUGUCGAGAGUUGGAUCCAACAGCUACUCCUUUAGAUCUCCUUCAGAUAGAAACGGAAGCUUACGACACUGCAGGAGAGAGGAUGCUCCGAAACCUUGUAGAGCAGAAAUGUUCAAACGAGGACAUGUUAUUCCUAGACUUCAUAUGGAUGUCCAUACUCAUGGUGAACACAGUUAUUACAUCAAUCUUCAAACAAGAUGAUUAUACUGUUGUUUGGGAUUAUUACAUGCUUUCCGUGCCAGAUUUUAACUCCCUUGCAACCCCUGCUGUUAUUGCAGAGGUGAAAUAUUCCGCUGCUUCUUUGGCUGCUCAAAGUCUAUUGCUAAGGCUCCGCAUACACUCGGAUCUAAGUCGCUUGCAAGGAAGAAACAUGAGUUGGAAAUGA